CUGUCUUUUAUGAUUCGUGUGACCAUAUAACAAGUUGUGUGCAGGUGUGCCAUCCGCGGGUUGCUAUACAGUAAACUGUAGAAUGAGGGACAAAGAGCAAAAAGCAAAUUAUUCCCGCUGUGUGUACAAGUGUAAUCAAUCAAAAUAAUUAUCUGGGACAAACCACUCAGGUCUAUAAGUCACGCCGUUUCACUUCGCUUCUCCUCCGUCGCUACCACCAUGGAUUCCUGGGACGACACUAGCGACGAAGAAUAUGCUCCAAUUACCGCCUCUGCUUGGGGUGAUCAAUCAGCAACAGCUUCAACAACACCAGACAAUGACGAAGAAGCAAGCGGCCCUGCUUCUUGGGGCGAUUUGGUCGACCCCAAUUUUAAAUUGGGCGCCAAUGGUCUCGGUGGGGGAAAUUUGCACCGAAAGGGCAAGAACUACAAACCCGUCGAUGAACAAUACAUUUUGAAUCAACGGCUUAAAAUCCCUAAUCCAUCACAAAAGAAGCGUCAACACGGCCACCACCUGCUUCUACGACGCGACGUCCUCCUCCGUCAAGCAACAACGCAUGGUCAAGCGGGGCGUUGGUUGACGUGCCCUUUUGGGAGAAGAAGGAUGCUGCAAAAAAUACUCCAUCUACAGCUACUAAUAAUCCGCAACAACAACAACGUAGUAGGCCAAACGCGCCUUCGAGCUGGGACAACACGCCUUCAAGAACCACCGUUCCCGACAGCUGGGAUGCACCGCAGCAACAGCCACAACCACAGCCCGAACGGCAGCGGCAGCGGCAAGAGAAUGGACGGAGCAACAGUACUUUGUGGGACGCAAAGCCUGAUGUGCCCUCUAGCUGGGGUCAUGAACCUGUCAAGGAACCACCAAGGCUACCUCUAUCAACCCAACGCAAUGUGCAUACAGAUCCUCGUCCAGUUCGUCCUGCAGACAUGAGACCACCUCCAGGUCUCUUCAAGAGCGCGAUUUCUGGAAUGAGUAACAAGAAAUCAGGUCCACCAGGCUUGUCUCCCAUUCCACUGCACCAGCGUUCGUCUACACGUCCAUCUAUACAACCUUCACAGCAGCAGCAACAGCUGCAAACAGCAUUAUCGCAUUUACCGACCCCACCGCAACAACAGCAACAAUUGCAGGCACCUCCUCAGCAACAACAACCUCCACAGCAGUUGCAGCAGCAGCAUCCAGUUGCACCAGAAAAGAAAAAU